AUCGUGUGCCAUUGCUAGCAGACGACGAGUAAUUCUAUCAGACGACGCGUCGUUACGCGGGUACUACGUAGUCUUUUUUAAAAAUAAUACAAAUCGGCUUAGACUCAUUAAGGUAAUAAAAAAGCAAUAAAAUCAGUAAAAUCAGUAAAAUCAAGGAAAAUGGAUGCUGAAGCGUUCCUGGAUAUGGCCAAUCAGGUCAUUAAAUUAAAAAUGUUUCCAUACUUCGACAUCGCUCAUUCUUUACUUUGUGCUUUACACGUCAGAGAGGAUUUGGGACCCGGUGCGCAAGCUUUCUCAAGAAAGCAUCCAUUAUCAUGUUGGCUCUCAACGAUGCUAGUUGUAUUUGCAAGCAGUAUGCUUUGCAACGGAUUACUAGGCGAACCAAUUUUAGCGCCAUUAAAAAACACACCGCAAGUUAUAGUUGCAACCGUUGUUUGGUAUAUAGUAUUUUAUACACCAUUUGAUAUUGGAUACAAAGUAGCUAAAUUUUUACCGGUGAAAAUUGUGUGUUCUGGAAUGAAGGAGAUAUACAGAUGUAAAAAAAUUUAUGAUGGAGUAACUCAUGCAGGAAAACUCUAUCCGAAUGCGUACCUCAUCAUGAUACUAAUUGGAACGCUUAAAGGUAAUGGUGCUGGAUUUACAAAACUUUUUGAACGACUCAUACGUGGAGUAUGGACACCUACCGCUAUGGAAUUUAUGCAACCUAGCUUCCCAACUAAAGCAUCCAUGGUUGCAUCAAUUAUAUUUGUAUUAGAUAAAAAAACAGCUCUUAUAUCUGCGCCUCAUGCACUGGUAUACUUUGGCAUAGUCAUUUUCUUAGUCUAUUUCAAGCUAUCUUCCAUUUUACUUGGCAUUCAUGAUCCGUUCGUACCCUUUGAAAAUCUAUUCUGCGCCCUAUUUCUGGGAGGAAUUUGGGAUUCGCUCGCUAAAUUAUUUGGCCGAGCUCAAGCAAAAGACGAUAAAGCGGACGCUAAGAAAACAAAUUAAGUAUUUACAAAAUAUUCAAAUAUCCUUUCAACUGUUUCUCGUAUACAGUUUUUAUGGAUUAUUUCUUGACGCAGAUAAUCACAAUAUCUGUAAAAAAAGAAAAAGCAAAAUAACGCUUUCGUUAAAUGAUAAUCAAGAUUAAGAAUAAUAAUUUGAUUGAAUUUUAGUCAAAUUAUAUGCAUAAUUUAAAAAAAAAGACCUUUGACAAAUCGUCAAAAAGCUAAAAAGGUAUACUAAUUCUUAAUCGUACGUGUUUUAAUGUUAAUCAAACCAAAGAGAAACGGCUCGUUUAAAAAAAAAACAGUCUGACGUAAGAACUCGAUAGACUGCUAAUAUUAAUUCUUUUUACAAAUA